AUGUUCGUGUAUGUCUAUGGCUUGUGGCUUGCGUGGGUCAGGAACCGGAGGUUGAUGGUGAGAUCCAGUGUUUUAAGGUUUGUCAAGCGUAGCACGGUUGAAUGUUGGCGGCGUGUUAGCUGCGCGGUCUGGGUUUCUCUCUUUCCUGUCGGGGCGGUUUGCGGUGAACUGGUGGAUGUCCAGGUUCCAGAACAAUUACUGUGGUAUAGGUUCCGAGGAAGGAGGAUGAUUGUGUGUGUGUGCGUGAGGGAGAGCGAGAGAGAGAGAGAGAAAGAAGGAAAGAGGCUCGUCCUUCUCACUGGGAAGAGAAGGAGUGAUGAGAGUUAG